UACAACCCUCCUUUGCUAAGAUGUCCAAAGAUCACAUUGGCUUGCCAAUUGGUAUAAUGGCAUUGAGCAUGAUCGAAGAUAUAAAAACACAUGUCUGAAUACUAUAUUUUGUUCAUUCACUUGCAGAUGUCAAAAUCAUUAGGAAUUUGAGCUCUCUUUUCCUUGAUGACAAUUAUGGGUAUGGAAGAAGUAGCAUUCAGCUAGAAUUAUUAGGGGCAUACCCAUUUCUCAAGACCCUUUCUCUAAUGGAUAACAGCUUCAAAGGAGGAAUAUUUGCUCAAGAGAUGGGUAAUUUUUCAAGCGUGGAAGAGUUGUCCCUGGAUGGUUCCUCAUUGGAUGAAGAGUCUUUUAAGAGCCUUAGAGCAUUGCCCUCUCUUAAAUUUUUAUCUAUGCAAGGCCUCAAUGCUGACCUACCUAGUCAAGGCUUGCCGAAUUUCAAAAAUUUGGAGCAUUUGGAUUUGAGAUCGUCUACUCUCCACAACAACUUCUUAAAAGACAUCGAAAAGAUGCCCUCUCUUAAGAUUUUAUUAUUGUCCUCUUGUCAACUAAACGGCACCAUACCUGCAGCCAAAGGUUUAUGCGAGUUAAAACAUCUUCAAAAGCUAGAUGUGAGCAACAAUGAUCUCAGUGGCACUUUACCUUUAUGUCUAGCAAAUUUAACAUCCCUUCAACUGUUAGAUCUAUCUUUCAACCACUUCAUCGGAAAUAUCUCCUUAUCUCCCCUGGGGAGUCUCACAUCCAUGCAUACGUUACAACUUUCAAGCAACCUGUUUCGAAUCCCAAUCUCUCUUCUUCCGUUCUUCAACCAUUCAAAGCUCAAGCACUUGAAUUGUCAUGAGAAUGAAAUAUGUGCAGAUAUAGAUGUGCCUACUUUGACACCAAAAUUUCAACUACGGACCCUAGAUUUGUCAGGUCAAGGAGAUGGCGGAGUGUUUCCCAAGUUCUUCUACUAUCAGCAUAAAUUAGAAUAUGUUGAUAUGUCAAAUAUUAAAAUGAAGGGAGAGUUUCCACAUUGGUUGAUCAGGAACAACACAAAAUUAUACGCACUUUACUUGCACAACUCUUCUCUUUCGGGGCCUCUCCAAUUGCCAAUUCAUUCCCAUGUGUAUUUUUCAUACUUAGACAUCUCUGACAACUACUUCAAUGGCUCUAUUCCAACAGAAAUUGGAGUAUGUUUUCCAAGUUUAAAUUCUCUAAACUUGUCUGGAAAUGGUCUCACUGGUGGCAUUCCUUCAUCAUUUGGCAAAAUGAGUCAACUGACAGAAUUAGACUUGUCCAACAAUCGACUAUCAGGCAUAAUACCCCAAGACUUGAUUGUUGGAUGCAAUUCAUUAGGUCAUCUCAUUCUUUCAAACAACAAUUUGCAAGGCCAGAUAUUCCCAAAACAGGCUACUUGCAAAGAAUUGAUUCUAUUAUUGUUGGAUGGCAAUCAAUUCACUGGAAGUAUCCCAUAUAGCAUAAUUAAUUGCACAGGGUUGGAAGUGUUGGACGUGAGCGAUAAUCAUCUCUUUGGUAUCAUCCCUAGUUGGAUAAGGAAUAUAACUUCUCUUCUUAGCUUGGAUUUGUCAGAGAACAAUUUCUUUGGAAACCUACCAUCUAGCUUCCCUCCAUGGAUCAGUGAAGUUUAUCUAUCAAAAAAUAGGCUACAAGGACCGUUGACGAAUGCAUUUUACAGUUGUUCUGAUUUAAUAAUAUUGGAUCUUGGUCACAACUAUUUCACUAAAAGGAUUCCAGAAUGGAUUGGCAAUUUUUCAGAAUUGACCUAUCUUCUUUUGGCUUAUAAUAAUCUUGAAGGUGAAAUACCAAUUCAGUUGUGCAACUUAAUCCAAUUGAGUUUGGUUGAUCUUUCUAAUAAUAAUCUUUCUGGUCCUGUUCCCCCUUGCAUAAGCCUUCGUAGGUAUUCUGAACACAGUAUAGGUUCUCAACCUUUGGAGGUUACAACAAAGAAUGCAUUGCGUUAUUUCCAAGGAAUCAUUCUCAGCCUCAUAUCAGGGCUCGAUCUGUCCUGCAACAAUUUGAGUGGUAAAAUUCCUGCUGAAAUAGGAAAUCUUAGCAUGAUCCAGGUGUUAAACCUGUCCCAUAACAAGUUGACGGGAUUGAUUCCACAAUCAUUUUCAAACCUAAAGCAAAUUGAGAGCUUGGAUCUUUCCUAUAACAACUUGAAUGGCAAAAUCCCUCAACUCACUCAACUAUAUUUUCUAGCUGUCUUCAGUGUAGCGCACAACAAUUUAUCUGGCAGGACACCUGAGAUGGUUGCACAAUUUGCGACAUUCGAGAAUAGUAGCUAUGAGGGAAACCCUUUCCUUUGUGGACCUCCACUGUCUAAAAGUUGCUUUUCUUCAUCAAUAAUGCCAAGAUUUUCGGAGGAGGAUAAAAAAUAUCAUAAAAAGGAUGGUGGCUUUGUGGACAUUGAUGCUUUCGGUGUGAGUUUUCUGAUUUCUUAUGCCAUAGUGUUGUUGACCAUAGCAGCCGUUUUGUACAUAAAUCCAUAUUGGCGAAGAGCAUGGUUCUAUAUGAUAGAGUUGAGCCUCACCAACUUGUACUAUUUUCUGGUGGACAAUAUUCCUUUUGUGUUUAGAUGCUAUUGAAGCCUGGGUCUGCUAUGUACUUUAGAAACCAUGGGUCUGCUAUGAGUCAGCUUGUUUGUGUUGUAGUUGUGUAAGCUGGGAAGGUUGCAGAAUAAUGAGCUGAAGCUGAUUGCAGAAAAUCAUUUAUUACUUGUUUCUGUCAGUCAGUUAGAUGAGCUAUAAACAUAGCUUGUUGACUUUGCAACUUCCUAUGUACUCUUGUGUGCUGUUCAUUCCUUGAGUGAG